GUGAAAUUCCGAGGCGCUUGGACUGGAGCCUAAAGUUAAGCCUGCAAAUAUAUUCCAUGCUUGGGGGCUGGGAAGCAGUAUUCCUGGCUGACUCAGAAAUUUUAAGACUUGGUCAGCAAGAUCAACCAAUCCAUUUCGGUCGUACUUUGGAAUUUUCAUUUUUUUUGUCAACUCUACCGGGCAUGGUGGCAUUUCUAUCGCUUCCUCACGUAAAACUUGCUGUAUAAGAAAGAUCUUACAUAUUGGGGAAUAAAUGGUCAUAAAAUCUGUUACUCGGAAGAUAGGAAUGCCAAAAUGCCCUGCCCUGGACAAGGACAGUCGGCAGCCAUCGAUCGUCAGCCUGAAUAAAACCAAAGGCGAAAUUUCUCCGAAUCUACUGAUUGAAUCGGCCGCCGGUCUUUCUCUCCACAUUAUUAACCUCGUUUUCUUCGAUUCGAAUAACGUCACGAGAGUUUCGUUACGGAGACGCCCUCUCUGAAUAUUAUAAGCUGAAAUAGACUUAUUUUAUUUCCGGACGGCUUCGCAAGUUGGAUGAAAGACGAAAGAAGGUACCUUUGAAGUUUAGUAUAAAAGGAAAGCAGAGCAUUUGCUCAAUUCCAUUUUCCAGGCUGCCAUUAUCGGUUAAACCAAUCGGGACAGAAGAUUGUUUGUUUGAAAGGAAUUAAUUCGAACUCAUCACAGAAAUUUCUUGUUUCAUUUCAGAGAUUUUUAUUAUUUCAUAGGAACCAUGCCGGAACAUUCGCGAAGGGUAAGUGCUGAAAAUCUCCUGGACAAUUUCAUGGAAACAUUUGCGCACAACGUCCCAAAAAAGAGUUCGGAGCCAGUAUUCGAAAGCACUGAAAAAUCAACCGUUUCAGAUUCGUUUAAUCGGCUCUUUGGACGCGAGAAGCCCGUCCAUCAUCUGCUCGGUGGAGGCAAAUCUGCCGAUGUUUUAUUGUGGAGAAACAAGCGAAUUUCUGGUAGCGUUCUUGCUGGUGCCACAUUCACAUGGUUGCUUUUUGAAUGGCUGAAUUAUCACAUGCUGACGCUAAUUUGCAUCGGCUUGGUUCUUUCUAUGACAAUCUUGUUUCUCUGGUCGAAUGCUGCCAACAUCCUCAACAGGUCUGCGCCAAGUUUUCCGCGAAUUUCCCUUCCUGAGGAUAUUUUUGUUACUGCUGCUAUUGCUCUCAGUAAUGAAAUAAAUAGGUUUUUAAGCUUUCUACAGGAUGUUGCUUCAGGAAAAGACCUAAAGACAUUUCUUGUGGUUGCAGGAAGUUUGUUUGCUGUUGCUAUAAUUGGCAGUUGGUGCAACUUUUUAACAAUAUUCUACAUAGGGUUUGUUGCUGCACAUACAUUGCCUGUAUUGUAUGAGAAAUAUGGAGAUCAAAUAGAUUCAUGUAUUUAUGAUGCUUUGGAUAAAACGAAGCAGAAUUAUAGGAGAUUUGAUUCCCAAGUCCUUCGAAGAAUACCAACUAUGAAGGGAAAGAAAUCUCAGUGAGGAAUAUGCCGAGUUUGUUGUUGGUGAUCUAUGCAUUUUUUGCCAUAUUGAUUUUAAAAGGUUGCACAAUUUUUGUGCGGCUUCAGUACAGUACAUCUUGUUUUUGACAAGCUUCUAUUUGCCAACCAGCUACCUUGUAAACUCUCAGUAAUCUUUCCUCUCAUGGAGCUGUUCUGCAUAAUUAUCCUUAUUUUUGUAAACAGAUUUGAUUUCCUGACAUAUAAACAUGAAAUAUUACACUACUGAAUUGUGAACUUAUUCACUCUCAGAAAUGAAUAUAUUGUUUUGAUUGGUAAAUUCA